ACUUGCAGUAUAACAACUAUUAAACUAGUAGUUUACUGAAAGUAUACUUUUAAGUGCACUUUCCUAAACUAUAAAGUGGUCUACAAGUUUAUAUAGUAUACUUGCAGUAUUAAAAUCAGUACUAGUCAUUUCCGUUUCUCUACACCUCCUGUCUCCUUAUUUGUCUCCUUUGUUCUUUUUCUCCUCAGGCCAACCGCUGCAAACAUGGCGACUAACUCCUCCUCCACCUUCAACUUCCUGCUCUACCAUUGCUUCGGGUUCAGAGUUAGCAGGAACCUCAACAUUGCAUUCAUUACCGUCAGAACGGCCCUCUCUUUGCCUCUCUCCAUCCUCGUCCUCUACCUGGGUCACCAGCGAUGGCAGCAGCAGCGCUCCUUUAAAACAACGAGCCACUCCGACAUCUUCACCUACCACUUGGCCUCCAUGGAUCUCAUCUGGGUCGUGGGGUGCUUCUGUUCUUUUUAUGGCACAUAUGCUAACAUCAUGGCGAUGAUAUCAGUAGGAUUCUGUGCUACUACUUUCGUUUUCACUGGAGAGAUGUUCUUUCACGUCCUGACCUGUGUGGAGCGAUACCUGGCUGUUGUUCACCCCGUCGUCUACCUGGGGCUAAAAAAUGCCCGUGGAGUGAGGAUCAGAAACAUCAGCGUUGGGUGUGUUUGGCUGCUGUGCUUUGGAUUGACGGGUUUAAUAGUUCUGAAAAUUCCUGAUUUUCCCAUCAAUGAAUUUUCCAUUAUUUUGAUCUUCUGCUUAAUAGUCGUGUCUUUUUGUAGCCUCUCUGUCCUCUGUGUUCUGAUUCGCCCGGGGCCAGGGGACGGAGGUGGGCUAAAGGAGCAUGUUGACCAAUCAAAGCAGAGGGCUUUCCACACGAUCACGGCCAUAUUGGGAGUGCUGUGGUUGUGGUUUGUAGGAAUCCUUGUUUCCAUUGGUCUGUACAACUCUACCCUGCUGAGCCACAGCGUCAGCUGUGUGGUGAUACUGUGUGCAAACUGGUUUAAUCUGCCCAGCAGUCUGGUGUUACCUCUGCUGUAUCUACACAGGGCAGGGAAACUGUCAUGUUGCUGAGCUAAGACACGGUUUGGAUUACAGUUGAGCAAAGUAAAUUUUUUAGGAUAUCAGACCUGCAUGUAGUCUAUUACAGUAGCUUAGUUUUAAUGAUUGGAUUAAAUGAGAAAUUCAGAACAGAUUAUAGAUAUAUCUAAUCUUACAACCGUCACACCUGAGGCCUGUACUACGAAGCAGGGUUUAGGGUUAGCGAGGUAACUUCAGGUGUUAAGAUGCUUAACAAGAUGCUUAAUGUGGUUAAUGUGGCCCGGAAAGGGAAGUUUGGGGGGUCCCCUGCUGGAGCUGUUGCCCCAGCGACCUGACCCCGGAUAAGUGGUUGAAGAUGAGUUGAUGAGUGAUAAUUAG